AGAAGAGAAAAAAAAAAGAAAAACAAGACGGACAAGAGUCAUUCUACGUCACGUCCGGUCCACAGUCCCCGCCUUCUGCGCGCGGACCGCGGAUAUUUGAAAAUAACGGCUGCGUCUAUAACAGCGAUUAUCAUCAAAGUUACUGGAAACGUUCUAAAGCCUCGUCAGUCCCAUCUUGAACUCUGAUAUGGCAUCCAUUACUGAUCCGGACAUCACUGUCAAGUUCGCCAGUGCGAUGGAGGAGAGACACAACAAUCGGCUCAAAACGUUCGGGGAGAUAUUAGACACAACUACCACGCUGUGUCAGUCACACAUAGUGUUUAUGAAAUCUGCACUUGAUACGUGUUUAAAGAAAUGCAAGGAGGAUGAGAUCCUCUUUAAGAGCGACCAGUCAUUCAAAACAGAUUUGGAGCGUAAAAAUGACCUACUGAAAGAGAAACGACGUGUCAUUUCUGAUGUGAUGGCUGAAAAUGAGCAGAAGGAGAUGCAGAAAGAUGAAAUUAUUCGGAAGAUAGAGAGACGUAAAGAAGAACAAACCCGAAGGAAACAGUUAGUUGAAUCCCAAAAUAAAACAAACAAAGAGCGACUCAAGAAUCUUCAAAAAGCCAAACUGAUGUUUCAGGAAUUUUUAAGACUGGAGAUACGAACAAUAUGUGGAACAACACAACAGGUUAAAGGUGAAAAGCUGCAGUUUGUUUUCCGAAAUAUCAACCCUGCACAUGAGGACAGUGCCUUUGUUGUAACAAUGGGACUUAAAGAUGAUGGAUCCUAUCAAAUUGUGUCGAGUGACCCCGUGCUUGAAUGUUUACCAGUGUUGGAAAGACGUCUUCAGGAGACCAAUAACUUACCAGCAUUCCUGGCCAACGUCAGGAAAGAGUUCAUCUCUCAAGUGAACCGCUGAUAUAAAAAAAAAAAAAUUAAAGGACCAGGUCCUUACAGCAGGAUCAGCAUGUAUUGAUUUAUUUUGUUAUUUUUAAACAGCUCCUUAUUCAGUAGUUGCAUAUAAAACCUGUAUAGUUUCACUUGGCAUGAUUUCUGGUGUGAUUAGUAAAUAUUUGGCACAAAAGUUGA